AUGUUCAAGAUUUACAUAGCUCGUCUUAAAGGUAUCGUAGGAGACAAGAAAGCGAUGGAGAUCAUUAAAAACGCUUUAGUGGUCAUAAGCGCAGGGACUAACGAUUUUGCCAUAAACUAUUACGCGAUCCCCACGAGGCGCAUAGAAUUUCCUCACAUCUCUGGUUACCAAAACUUUGUGCUCAAGAGGCUUGACGGUUUUGUCAGAGAGCUUUACGGUUUAGGCUGCCGGAAUUUUAUGGUUGGAGGGUUGCCGCCGAUUGGGUGUUUACCAAUCGAAAUGACCAUCAAACCGCAAAGUGGCCAUACCAGGGCUUGCGUGGAGCAAGAGAACAAAGACUCAGUCUUAUACAAUCAGAAACUUGAGAAGCACAUGCGACAAAUCGAAGCGUCUCUACAAGGAAGCAAGUUUCUCUAUGCCAACGUCUAUGACCCUUUGAUGGACAUGAUCCAAAACCCUAUAAAAUAUGGGUUCAAGGAGACGAAGAAAGGAUGUUGUGGAACAGGGCUUUUGGAAGCGGCUUUCCUGUGCAAUGACUUUACAAAGACUUGUCCACAUCAUUCGGAUCACGUGUUUUGGGAUUCCAUUCAUCCCUCGGAAGCUGCUUACAAUUACCUUGGUAACUUCGUUGAUGCUCAGAUUCGAGGUUGGGUUAAGGUUUAG